AUGGAAGUGUGCUUUGAAUUAGAUGACUGCGUUGCGAGACUCAAGAAUAAGCCAACUUUGGCCGAGAUUGAAUCAAUUGUCAAAUCAGUGAAUCAGAUUUUAAUCAAGAAUCUGGUAGCUCAAUUGAGCCUCAUAACUACCUUGUUAAACUAUACUAUUCCAGACACGUAUGAUAAAGUUAAUAUUGAGACAAAACACCAAUUGGUUCAAUUGUUCCAGUCCACUGUCGGUCUAGGAAAUUUGAUCAGUCGUAUAAGUUUAUUGAAGUCAUCAGUGACUCCACAUCUGAAUGAAUUUGGACUUUUAAGUACUUUGGUAGAGUUCCUAGUUUCUUUAUUUCAACCUGGCUUGGUGUUAAAACUUGUAAAGAAUGCUCUGCAUCUAGAAGUGAAAGAGAUCGAUAAGCUUCUUCAUAAGGGGAAAUGCUUUUCUUUGAUCAAUGAAAUAUGCAUAAAGUGCCAAAUAAACAUGAAUAAUACAAUUUUCAAUAACUCCAUAACCUAUGUGGGAUACUUGAAUAUGGAAAUGUUGAGACUCUACAAAAAUAAAACUGAUGUAACUGUCAUCAAUAUCUUUAUCAAUUCGUUGGCAUCUUUAAAUCAAGAGAGUUUGAACCAACUAUUCGACAUAAUGUUUAAUGAAGAGCACUGGAAUUACUUUAUUGAGUCAUUCGAAAGAAUGAAGAGAUUUGAAAGAAAGAAUAUCUUAACAAAGUUUCUUACAUCUUAUGUAACAAAACGUUAUUUCAAGGCUAAGAAUCCUUCUAUACAUAAAGUCGCCGCUCUAAGUGUACUCUCCAAACCAGUUUUCAAAGCUGAUUUGAUUGAUGAAAUCUUACUUGAAAAAGUUAUAGCAACAUCUGAUUAUUUUUUAAAUUCUUUGGUGUCAUUAAUGUUAUCUGAGUUACCAGAGAAAAAUUACCAUUCUUUAGUGAUAAGGUCUUUACAGUAUUGGUCAAACCCUCAUUUGAUGAAAUCUGAAUCCAUUAUAAGACAAGAGUAUCGAACCCAUCUUGUUAUAAACUUAUUUUCACAUUGUUCACCUGAUUUUUUGAGAUCAUUACUGGCGGAAUCUAAUUUUUUAGAUGCCAUUUCAAAUAGAUUGAGCUCUCAGUCAUCAAAGAUUAAAACAUUGGGUGUGAUUCUUGCUGAUAAGCUUUGUGAAUUCUCUGGAAUCGAUCAAAUUUUUAACUUAGAUAAUAUUGAAGGUUAUGAUAUUCUUGUUGAUUCUAAAUCUUAUUUCAAGAAAUCUGAUGUUGCUUUAUCGGACAUUCAAUAUUCUUGGGAUUUGCUAGAUGAGCCUGAAGUGAUACGACCGGAAGAUAAUGAUGUAAUGACUUCCCAUAUUAACGCAAUGAAUGAUAUCACCACCCAAUUCGAAUUUGCUCUUAAGUCAAAUAAAGCAGAUUCAGACAAUGAUUCAGUUAUUGAUAGCGAUGACGAAGACGAUCCAACAAUCGGCCCAAAACCCCAGGUCGCAAGGCCCAUUUAUAUCAAAGAUUUACUUGAUUACAUCACUACAGAUUCUAAAGAUGCUCAAGCAUUUGAAAAAAGAAAGUUGGCCUUGACUUAUGGCCCUACUUUAAUAAGACAAAAAGCAGGCUUUGGUAAUGACCUACAGUUCUAUUCAGAUGACCUAUUAACCAAUUUAGCUGGUUUGACCAACACAUUUGAUGAUGCUGACUUUGAAAGCCAAAGAUUGGCCAAUUUAAUUGCGGUUGUAUCUUCAAAUCCUGAUUCUGGAAUUAGGGUAUGCCAAUUACUUGCUAUUGGUGAUUAUUCCUUACAGCAGCGUAUGUGUCUACUAUCAACACUAUCACUAUCGGCAAGGGAACUAAAAGGUUUUGAAGACGACAUUGUGACCCUGACUUUUAAAAAAUCCAGCUUUCCCUCUAAAAUGUUACCUGGAAAUCUUCAUAAUAAAUAUUUGGCAUUAGAGAAUGGAUACUCUAAUAAUGAGAAGAUCAUAGAUUACGGAUUAGGUGAUAUUCAGCACACAAUACAAGAUGAGUUAAUGCAAGAGGCUUCUGAAGAAGCUAACGAUCAAUUAGCCGGUGGAAAAGUUCUAAGAAUAUCCAGGAAUCUAACAAAAAAGAGAGAAAAAUCAGCUUCAUUAAUCACAAAACCUACAAGCCCCGAAUUCAAUGCUGUAGUGGGAAGUAAGCUUUAUUUCCCACUUGUAAGUGUCUGGCAUGAAUCCGGCGGCCAAAUAAACAUUGGAGAAUUUUCACCGAUUUUGAUUGCCCAUUACAUCAAAACGUUAGCAUUAAUUCUACAUGCUGCAUGUGCUACUACUCAUGAAAUAAAUACAAUGAUUAAAGAAUUCGUGCUGAUAAUAAUCCCCGUGGUUAAAAGAGUUUCGAUCGAUGAGUUGCAAGUAAUAGAAAGUGUUACUACUGGUAUGUUAUUAGUGUGCGAUAUUUGCGAGUCAGACUAUUUGAUUGAAAAUUAUGCCAAUGAAUUAAGAUUAAUUCAAGAAUGGCUCUCGGUUAUUUGGGAUUCAAUCAUCGAUGAUAAGGUAAAGAGCUUAUGUGCUGGAUUAUUGUUAAGAUUGACACAGUAUGGCGAUUCUUAUGAAAGAUUAUUAUUAGAUAGAAUGAAUAACUUCUAUUAA